AUGCCUUCGACCACGUUCCUGAAGCCUGCCUUCAUCGUGGUGCUGAUCGUGGCGUUGGCGUUCACGGCGGCGUCACUGUUCUCGCCGGCGUGGCGAAAGAUUGACAAUUACAGUAGUGUGGGGCUGGUGACAACCGACUGCAACUUUCAGGCUUGUUGGUGGUAUGGGGAUGUGAGUUGUUAUCAUUUGUUUUUUGGAAGUGGGGGGGGAGGGGGGGGAGAGGGGGGGUUGCUGGCGAAUUAGCGGGUAGGAUAGGGUAGGGUAGGGUAGGGUAGGGUAGGGUAGGGUAGGGUAGGGUAGGGUAGGGUAGGGUAGGGUAGGGUAGGGUAGGGUAGGGUAGGGUAGGGUAACAUUAAUAUAUUUUUUAUUUUUUAGAACCGCCCCGACUGGGAGAAGCCAUGCCUAGCCUUGAUGAUAGUAGCCUUGAUCCUGGAGAUAUUACUAUUGAUUGGAGCUUUAUUUAUGUGGUCCAGGUUUUUGUGCCUGGAGCACAUUGUGGACAAGUUUUUGUUUGUGUAAUAGCAUUGGCCGCUAUUGUUGUGACGUUAGCCAUCUAUGGAGCUAAGAGUGAAAAUGCCUUUAGGGGCGUUAGUAAGUUUUUUAUACGUUAAUAUUGCAGUAUUAUUUUAACUUAAUUUAGCUUUAGUUUUGGACUAACCUAAGACUCGUCUUAAUUCUGGACAUAGCUUUACGCUUAGACUUUGUCUUUACUUUAGGCUUAGUCGAAGCCUUAUUCUUAGUUUUUGGCUAAGCCUAGUCUAGCUCAUCUAGCUCAAGCCUUAGUCCUAGCCUAAGUUUUGGAUCUAGCUUGUGGCUUAGUCUUUGCUUUAGCUCUAGUGUUAGCCCUUGAUCUAGGCUUAGGCUUUGGAGUUGCAUCAACGUUAGGUCUAGCCAAAGCCUUAGUCCUAGUUUUAGCUAUGAACCUUGUCUUAGGCUUAGGCCUUGCCUUAGCUAUAAGUGUCUAAGCCUUAGCUUUAGUUCUAGCUUUAGAUUUGGAUCUAACCUUGGGGCUGGACCUUGCUUUUCGGUCUAGCUGAAUCCUUAGUUCUGGCUCUGGACUAGUCUUAUGUUGAGGCUUUUUUUGAACUUUAUGCCUAGCCAGUGCUUUAGUCUCUGCCAAACUCUAUAUUUCGUCCAGCCCUAGCUUUUCAAUUUUACAGGACUUCCUGAUUAUAAAACGCUUUUUUAGCUCCAUACACAGUAGCACCUCCAGUCACAGUAUACAAUACAAACGAGUUUGGCUACAGUUAUUGGUUAGCUUUAAUCGCUGCCAUUUUCAUGGCAAUAGCAACAGCUAUUGCUGCUUCAAAUGCUAUGGUUAGUAUGUCAAUGACCGCUAACUCCUAG